UCCGCGGCCGCACUUCCGGUGGCGGCGGCGGGAAGCGGAGCACAGGAGGGAGUCUAGGCCUCGGCCGAAGGGAAUCCGGCGGGAAUCGGAGCCAUCAGAACCGUCACCAUGACCGUGGGCAAGAGCAGCAAGAUGCUGCAGCACAUCGACUACAGGAUGAGGUGCAUCCUGCAAGACGGCCGCAUCUUCAUCGGCACCUUCAAGGCUUUUGACAAGCAUAUGAAUUUGAUCCUCUGUGACUGUGACGAGUUCAGGAAGAUCAAGCCAAAGAACUCAAAACAAGCAGAAAGAGAAGAGAAGCGAGUCCUUGGUCUGGUGCUGCUUCGGGGGGAGAACCUGGUCUCAAUGACAGUGGAGGGACCUCCUCCCAAAGAUACUGGCAUUGCCCGAGUGCCGCUUGCUGGAGCUGCCGGGGGCCCGGGGAUCGGCAGGGCUGCUGGCAGAGGAAUCCCAGCUGGUGUUCCGAUGCCCCAGGCUCCUGCGGGACUUGCAGGGCCAGUCCGAGGCGUUGGUGGGCCGUCCCAACAGGUGAUGACCCCGCAAGGAAGAGGCACUGUGGCUGCCGCUGCAGCUGCUGCCACCGCCAGCAUUGCGGGGGCCCCGACCCAGUACCCACCCGGCCGUGGGGGUCCUCCCCCACCUAUGGGCCGGGGGGCACCGCCUCCAGGCAUGAUGGGCCCACCACCAGGCAUGAGGCCUCCCAUGGGUCCCCCAAUGGGGAUCCCGCCUGGACGAGGAACUCCGAUGGGCAUGCCGCCGCCGGGGAUGCGGCCCCCUCCCCCAGGCAUGCGAGGCCUUCUUUGACCCUUGGCCACAGAGUCAUGGAAGUAGCUCCACAGAGGUGCGGGCCCGACUACCACAGACCUGUUUGUUUGCUAUGCUUUUGUUCUCAGAGUCUCACGGGAUUGUCUGGUUUCCCUUUCAGGGCCCCCUUCCCUGGGAAUGCGCCCACCAAGGCCCUAGACUCAUUUUGGCCCUCCUCAGAUCCCUGCCUGUUUCCCGUAAGGCUGUACAUAGUCCUUUUACUUCCCUGUGGCCUGUGAAACUAGUUUAUAAUAAACUCUUAAGAAUAUUUAA